AUGAAUAAAAAAAAAAGCUCUAGAAUUAAUGUACUUAAUCAAAAAAUAGAAGAAAAAAUUAAAAAGGAAAAAAAAAAUAAUAAUAAGAUAAACAAUGAAGUUAUGAAGUUAAUAAAUAAAGAAGUGAUAAUUGAUUAUUGUACCAACCAAAAAUCAAAUGCUAAAUUAAUUUUAAAUAGAUAUUUAAAUAUAAUUAAAUAUUUGAUGAAAGAAAAUUUAAAUUUAAAGAAAAUAAUAGAAAGGAACAAACUAGAAGAUGCUCAAAAGGAUGAUAUUAUCAUUAAACAUGAAAAUGAAUUAAAAAAAAAAAAUGAUAUUAUCAAUGAUUUAAUAAAUAAAUUAGAAGGAGACAUAUUAAAAGAAAAUAUAAAAAUAUGUGAUAAUUCAGAACCACAUGAAAGUGAAAUGUUAAUUCAAGAAAAUGAUAAUUCUACAAAAGUAAAAUCAAAAAAAUUAAUAGAUCUAAUUAAAAAAAAUAACUCUAUUAAUAGUGAAGUUAAGCAAAACAUAUAUCUUACAAAUUGCCAUCUAAAUGAUAAUAUAAAAGAAAAUGAUAAUUAUAUAGGAAAUUCAUCACUUAAUUAUGAAAAUGAAAAUUCUAAAUUUACACAAUAUAAUGAGAAAAAUUAUAUAAAGAAAUACUUAAAAGAUGAAAACAAUAAUUCCAUAUUAAAAAAAAAAAAUUAUUCAUCUGAAUAUACACUCAUUAACAUUAACAAGCCUAUUGAAAAAAAACAUUAUGAAAGUGAACUUCAUCAGAUAUAUACAUAUAAUAGUUUCAAUAAAGAAAAAAAUUUAGGAAAAAAAAAAUCAUCAAUAUUUAUUAGGGAAGAAAGAAAUGAAUUAUUAAAAGAUGAGAAAUUAAACCAGAAAGGAAAUAACAACUUGAAAGAAAACAGUUUAAAAUUUUUUGUAAAUAACAACAAUAAAUUGCAUGAUGAUGAUGAAUGUAUUGAUGAAUUGAAUUAUCUUAUAAAUAAUAAAUCUAGUAUUGAAAAAUUUGAAAAUUAUUCUAAAAAAUAUGAAAUGGAGUAUAAGAACAUCAAUGCUCAAAAUGAUUUUAUUAAGGAGGAAUUGUAUUAUUCAAACCUAUUUCAAAAUGAAAAAAAAUUAUCUAAAACUCCUAUGGAGAACAAAGAAUAUUAUAUGGAAAACUCAAAAAUGAGUGAUACUUAUGUAAAAAAAAAAAGUAUAAAUAUUACGAUGGAUAACUUUGAUGAAAAAAAAGAAAAUAUUGACAAAAAUCCCAAAGAAUUACCAAAUAAACAAAUUCAUGAUAAUUCUUAUUAUGCAAAAGUUAAAGAUGAGAACAAUAUAUAUAUAAACAGUGGAGAUGAAAGUAAUACAAAUAUAGAAAAUAGAACUAAUAAAAAUCUAGUAAACAAAAACAUGAUAUACGUAAAUAAUGAUAUAAGAAUAAAUAAUAAAUUAAAUGAGAACGAUUAUGGUGACAUUUACAAUAAAAAAAAUUCUAAUUUGUCGGAAAAAGAAAAUAAAAGUGAUUUAGAAGAUGCUAAUUACGAAGAUUUAGAAAAUAUUAUGUCUACUAUAUUGAAACUUCGAAAGAAAAGCUAA